AUGCGAACCUCCUGGGCUGACGCGGUCGCCAGUGCCGAGAGCUCCGCCUCCACUGCCGCUUCACGGCCUGCUCGUUCUUCCUACGUCCCUCCCCAUCUCCGCAACCGCCCGGCCGCUUCCGAGCCUCCCGCUUCGUCUGUCCCUGCAGAUCUUGCGUUUCGGCCGGCAGCCGCCCCAUCCGGUGGAUCCCGCUGGAGCAGUGGCCCUAUUCGUGACGCUGCGCGCCAUGGGUUAGGUGGUGGAGGUCGCUCCGGCGGUGGCGGAUGGAACCAUCGCGCAGGAAGCUGGGACCGUGGGCGAGAACGGGAAGCGAACCCUUUCGCGAACGAGGAGGACGAUGGUGCUGAGGCUCCCUUCAAUGACCAGGAGAAUACUGGGAUUAAUUUUGAUGCAUAUGAGGAUAUCCCGGUGGAGACGAGCGGGGAUAAUGUCCCUCCGCCGGUGAACACCUUUGCGGAGAUUGAUCUUGGUGAUGCGCUCAAUGAGAAUAUCAGGAGGUGUAAGUAUGUAAAGCCAACGCCGGUGCAGCGCCAUGCUAUCCCAAUCUCGCUUGCUGGGCGUGAUCUGAUGGCUUGCGCACAGACGGGGUCAGGAAAGACGGCCGCUUUCUGCUUCCCCAUCAUUAGUGGGAUCAUGAGAGGUGAGUCUGCGCAGAGGCCAAGGGGGUCACGGACGGCUUACCCUCUUGCUCUCAUUCUGUCACCUACUCGGGAGCUAUCUGUUCAAAUACAUGCAGAAGCAAGGAAAUUUGCUUAUCAGACUGGUGUGAAGGUCGUUGUUGCUUAUGGUGGUGCACCGAUCAAUCAACAGUUGAGAGACCUAGAGAGGGGAGUUGAGAUACUUGUGGCGACUCCUGGGCGUCUAGUAGAUUUGUUGGAGAGGGCUAGAGUUUCAUUACAGAUGAUUAGAUAUUUAGCUCUGGAUGAGGCAGAUAGAAUGCUAGAUAUGGGUUUUGAGCCGCAAAUUCGCAGAAUUGUUGAGCAAAUGGACAUGCCUCCAAGCGGUGUCAGGCAGACAAUGCUAUUCAGCGCUACUUUUCCAAAAGAGAUACAGAGAUUAGCUUCUGAUUUCCUUGCCAGUUAUAUCUUUCUUGCUGUUGGAAGGGUUGGUUCUAGUACAGAUUUGAUUGUCCAAAGAGUUGAAUUUGUGCUAGAGUCAGACAAGAGAAGCCAUCUCAUGGACCUUCUUCAUGCACAAAGAGCUAAUGGGGUUCAGGGAAAGCAAGCUUUGACUUUGGUUUUUGUGGAAACAAAAAAAGGGGCUGAUUCAUUGGAACACUGGUUGUGUAUGAAUGGGUUCCCUGCGACUACAAUUCAUGGUGAUCGAACACAGCAGGAAAGGGAACAUGCACUGAGGUCCUUCAAGAGUGGCUUGACCCCUAUCCUGGUAGCAACUGAUGUUGCUGCACGUGGGUUGGACAUACCCCAUGUUGCACAUGUUGUCAACUUUGACCUUCCUAAUGACAUAGAUGACUAUGUGCACCGUAUUGGAAGAACAGGAAGGGCUGGUAAAUCAGGCCUUGCCACAGCAUUCUUCAACGAAAACAAUUCCAACCUAGCAAGGUCGCUUGCUGAUCUCAUGCAAGAAGCAAAUCAGGAAGUGCCUGCAUGGCUUGCUCGGUAUGCGGCCCGUUCUUCAUAUGGAGGUGGUGGGAGAAACCGCCGCUCUGGUGGUGGUGGCCGCUUUGGAGGCCGUGACUUCCGUAGGGACAAUAGGGGUGGUGGAAGUGGUGGCGGUGAUUAUUAUGGAGGUGGCAAUAGUGGUGGUGGUGGGGGGUAUGGUGGUGGACCAUCCACUGGUUAUGGUGGUGGAGGCAGCGCGGGGUUCACCAGUGCAUGGGAUUAAUCCUGUCCUUUGAUUGCUUGCUUCUUUUUUGUUUUUGUUUUUUUUUUAUUUUAAAUGAUUUUGGUAGGGGUGUCACCCUUCUAGAGUUGAAGAUAUAGACUAAGAAGCCCUGUGUUAUUCUGCUUAUUACUGUCAGUAGUCUUGCAGAUCCCCUACAACUUCUAGUAUUGAGGUAUUUUUGCACACGAUGACUGCAAAGUAUAACAUCAUCAUUGGCUAGCGGUGUUCUAACACUAGUGUCGAUAGUGUCUUUGAUUAUUUUCUCUUUUUGCCCAUUUGGUUUUCGUCCUACUUUUUUUUCUUAUUUCUUUUCUUUUUCUUGUAAUAUUGGUGGGAAGGUUGUAGAAUAUGUGGUGAGGGGGGUCUUUUAGCGGAUCAUUUUACAUAUCAAAAACAUAUUCUUUCCAACCAGGUUAGUCUUACUGCAGGGGUGGGAACUGGAGUUUUUGUUUUUCACUUUCAGGGGCUUUUUGUUGUAUAAUUCUGGGAGGUGGCCUGAAAUAAAUUCCAUGGUGUGGCACGAAUGAACGGUUGUGGAUGUGUGACCUGUUAUUGUAAUCAAACUUGUGACAAAUGAUAUACUGCAAUAUUUGAUGUGAGAACAGAUGUGAGAACAGAUGUUGAAAUUACUAUCUCAAUGGCUGGUUUAAAUUUUAUUA